AUGUCAAAAAGUUUUACUGCUGCUGCUGGGUUGGAUAAAUUCUCGUAAACUUUUUUGUGUAUUUUUUUCCAAAUUAGGAAAUUAACUUAAUAACUAGUUGAAUGAAACUAAACCACGAAUAAUUCAUACUUCAAAUCAGUUGAAUUGAUUUUGAAAGCAGUAUUGCCAAGGUGAGUGACCGUCGAAGCGGUGGUAAGCAGUGAAAAUGCCCAGGAAACUGUUAAAGUUCCUUAUCGUGUUCGACAACACUUCCUUGCUGUAUUUUCCUGGCCAGUUUCUGUCGGGAAAAGUGUUGAUGGAGCUGCAAGAUGACACACCCGUUUUAGGUCUCCAUUUCCAUGUGAUUGGUGAAGGUGUAGUGAGAGUUGGCUCUGGGCGUCACGAACGGCUUUAUGAUAAAGAAAAUUAUAUUGACUUUAGAAUGCGCCUGCUGGGAGAGCCAGGUCACAGCACCUCCAUCCUAUCGCCAGGCAUCCACAGCUUCCCAUUCAAGCUGGGCCUACCGAUGGGCCUGCCCUCCACAUUCCUGGGCACCCACGGCUGGGUACAGUACUACUGCAAGGCGGCGCUGAGGGAACCAAAUGGACUGACACAUAAGAAUCAACAAGUGUUUAUUGUGAUGAACCCUAUUGAUCUGAAUUUGGAGCCUCCUGUGUUAUCUCAAGAGUUCGAAUGCAGCGUGGAGCACAAGCUAGGUGUGGGGUGCGUGGGGGGGGGCGUAGUCUCGUGCCGCGUGUCGCUGGACCGCGGCGCCUUCGUGCCCGGCGAGAGCAUCGCGCUCAGCGCCAGCGUCGUCAACAACUCCCGCACCACCAUCCGCUCCACCAGGGCUACUCUAACCGAGACGAUCCAGUACUCGGCGCACGGCAAGGUGGCGGCGCGCGAGGCGCGCGCGCUGGCGACGCUGCGCCGCGGCGCGCUGGCGCCCGGCGCCGCGCAGCGCUGGCUCGAGCUGCUCUACGUGCCGCCGCUGCCGCCCACCAACCUCCGCGGCUGCCAUCUCAUCUCCGUGCAGUACGACGUCUUUUUCAUAAUCGAGCCGAAGAGCUUAGAGAAGGAAAUAAAACUACAACUGCCGAUCCUGCUGGGCACGUACCCAUUCCGAGACAGCGAGGACCCCCGGCACCCCCCCACCAUCUACCCCAGCACGCUGCCCAUCUUCCGGCCCUGGCUGCAUGAGAAGCCCGCCAACUGAUGGUGACGAGAACUAUACUUAACGAUUGUGUUUCAUGUUAUACUUCCUUUAUGCCGUCUUGUUGGGAUUUAAACUAAUCUAUAUUAAAUGUGAACGUGUGUUUGUUUGUGCUUCUUUCACGUCGAAACGGGGGAUAUGAUUUUUUUGUGUGGAAAUAUAGAGCUAGAGUGAUAUUGGCUACUUUUUGCCACAACAACUAACAUUAAUUAUAAUGUAGCUUUCGCUCGCGACUUCGUAGAUACGUAAAACUUCCGUUUUUCUCGUUCCCGUGGGAAUUUAAUCUAUAAUUAUCGUAUAGUAGAAUUGUAUGAAAUAUCUAAGUCAUAGUAUCGCAAGCAAUAUAAGAAUUAUAAGAUGAAACACACUCUAGCUUGCCUUUGAAAUGACGUGCGCCACUUAGCGUUACAUACAUAUACUAUGUAAACUACGACAGUAGCACGUCAUUUCAACUUGUUACAGUAGAGAUGAAGGAACAAAUCAUAAUAAUAACUUCCUUUUUGCCUACGGAAUGAAACAAUUGUUAUACAUUAGUACAUAUUCAACAAAUUGUUGUAGUAUCUUGUAACAUUCCAGGAAGCCCAGAGGGGUUUAUUGUGGGUUCUCAUUUCAUUUCAUCGAGACCAUUCUCUGACAGAUGCAGCCAACCAAUCACACUGCGGCGUUGUGACGCGACGACUACCACAUCGCAAUGUGAUUGGUUGACAGCCUCUCACCGCGGUCUCGAUAGUGAAAUGUGAAUAGCAAAUCCACACUAAGCCCUUUUGUACCCUGUCGUAAACCCAUCUACGCCAGUACUUAAUAUAUAAUUGUACUAGGUGUUCAGUUACAUGAUAAUCAUAAUAUGAUCGUGUAUCGAGUAUUUCUAUAUAAAGUAUAAUACUUACAUAGGUAGGGCGUUAUUUUAAAUACCUUUAGCAUUGCUCAAAGCGCACUAUUAUCGUAUUAAUUGUAGUUAUAAAAUAUUGACCAAUAGAAUUUAACAGAAUCUCAUACAGUUUUAGGAGUAAGACGUAAAACGUUUGAAUAAGUAAAAUAAUAUAUCAUUCGCAAAGUCUAGAGGACAAGAUUUUUACGAUAGUUAUUAUUUUAACGAACUUUCUAACCAACCUUCAAUCAUCGCAUCGUACGAUGAUCUAGCUGCGUUGUUUCAGUAUAUAACUUUUCAAAAUUAUGAUCUAUUGUAUUUUGAUAAUGCAUAAAAUGAUUUAUACAUAUGCAUAAUUUUAUAAUAUAAUCCUUGUCUUUGAUCUACUUUAUUGAAGUAAAAUGUACUUGCUACUAAGGAUAUUUCGCGAAUCUCAGACUUUUUGCGAACAUAACAUUUUGACUUACAAUUUUUACAUUUUAAUAAUAAUAAUUCAUUUUUUAAAAAUUAUUCGUCGAUGUAUAUGGCUUUUUCAGUACUUCGAUAGUGUUAAGUUAGUAUGUAGUAGGAAGCUGUAAUUGUGUUCAAUGAUAUUUGCAUAUCAGUGAAGCAUAUCAUUUAAAAUUUAAUCAAAAUUAAUAUUUAGCCAAGCUAUAUUAUAUAAUCUAUGUUUAGUGCCAUUUAAGUUUCACUUGACUUUGUUCAUGUGUUUUUUGUAGUUUUAAAUGGAUAAUAAUCUUCCAAUAAUGCACUCGAGUGUGGCCCCAUUGCUCAGUCGUGCUCCGUUAUUCUGACGUCCGACAACAAUUGACAACAUUGACAAUUGUAUGGAGAUUCGACGUACGUCAACGGAGGUCAAUUAUCGAAACUUAUGGAAAACAACGGAGUAAUGGGGCUUGGCUCUAUACUGUAGUCGAUUUUUUAUGUUUAUACUAUAAUAAUGUGUAUGACUAACCUGUGAUAUACCAAUCCGUCCAAUUUACAUCUUUACAACUUUAAACAAUAAAGAUUAUAUUCGUAUACAA